UAUCAUAAAAGUGUAUUUAUGAAGAAAAAAAACAAUUUCAAAAUUUGAUAAUUCAAUUCAUGAAUUAAUUAAAGUUAGAUCAUCAUGGAAAACCUGAAAGUAUUGGAUGGCCAUUUCAUUUGUAAUUCGUACUACUCAUCCACAAUCCUAUCCACAGGAUUCGAACUCAAUUUUUUCAGAUUUUCUAUGAUAAUCUGACUUUCAUUGACUCAUGAUCUCAAUCCUUCUGACAUAUCUAUAUGUAUGUAUUCGAUAAACUAUGGACAGAUACCAAAAAAAAAUUCAUAACAGUUUUGUCAUUUCUCAUUUUGUACACACAAGUACAUGAAUAAUAUAAUCAACAUUCUAUAUAGUUUCUAUCGAAUAUAUACAUAUGUAUACAUUAUUCUAAAUGUAAAUUAUUGUUAUGCAUAAUUUUUCGAUUUUGAAACAUUUACAUGAUUCAAGGUGAUCACUACUUUUAAAGAAUCAGUCAUGCUCAUAUUAUUAUCAUGAAAAAUAUGGAAAAAAACAACAAAAAAAACAAAAAAACAAAGCAACCCCGAUAUCAUUUCGUAUCAAAAGUUGUUAUGUCAUAUCAUCAAACACACACACACACACACACGCAAUAAAUGUCAUCUAGUAUCUAUGUGCUUAUAUACUUAUAUUUAGUGUGCAUGUAUGUAUGUUUGUAUGUAUGUGUGUGUGCAUAUAUAUUUAAAAUAACCCUGAACUUGUCAAUGAUAUAAAUUGAAAUAUAUAUAGUAAGGUUACAUGUAUAAACUGAUAGUCACUAAUAUCAAAUAAAGUUUUCAUGUGUUUCUAUUUGUGAUUAACCAAAAACAAAAACUAAAACAAAACAAGAAAAAAACCGAAACGAAAUGAAACAAACAAAACAAAUAACCAUGUACCUUUUACACAUGUGUAUAAGUUUUAUAUAAUCAUGUACGAAUAGUAGUAUGAAUGUUAAUAUAUUCAUUGAAUUGUUAUUAUUAUUAUUAUUAUUACUACUAUUCCUAUUUCAUUGAAUAUUCAACCUAAACUAAAAUCAUUGAAUAUACUAGUUUUCUCUAUUCAAUUGACUGAAUACAAUUCAUUUGAAUCUCUUUUAUAAGUGGAUUAUUUAACAAUCUAAUUCAAUGUAUCUUAUGUUAAAUUAAAUUAAAUUAAAACAAAACAUGCCUAAAACUUCAGUAAACACUAAAGAAUCAAAAUAUUUUCCAAAUUUUAUUAAACGGAAUAAAAGUGUUCAUUUACAAAAUCGUCAUAAUAUGAAAGCUCUUCUGGAAGAAGCAAAGAAAGAAUUCCUUGAAAAAUGGGAGAAGCCUGCUCAGAACACGGCCACUCUGGAUUCAUUCGAUCGAAUCAAAACGUUAGGCACCGGGUCUUUCGGACGCGUGAUGCUAGUCCAGCACAAAGUCAGCAAGGAAUAUUAUGCUAUGAAGAUUUUAGACAAACAAAAGGUGGUGAAGUUGAAACAAGUUGAACAUACGUUAAACGAAAAGCGCAUAUUGCAAGCUAUUUCGUUUCCGUUCCUUGUCCGGUUAGAUUAUCAUUUCAAAGACAAUAGCAAUUUGUAUAUGGUUUUGGAAUUUGUUAAUGGGGGAGAAAUGUUUUCCCAUUUAAGACGCAUCGGUCGUUUCAGUGAAAGUCAUUCACGAUUCUAUGCUAGUCAAGUGGUGUUGGCAUUUGAAUAUCUACAUCAUUUAGAAUUAGUCUACAGAGAUUUGAAACCGGAAAACAUUCUUAUCGAUCAAUAUGGAUAUUUAAAGAUAACAGAUUUUGGUUUUGCUAAACGUGUAAAAGGUAGAACAUGGACUUUAUGCGGUACACCAGAAUAUUUAGCUCCUGAAAUUAUUCUAAGCAAAGGUUAUAAUAAAGCUGUUGAUUGGUGGGCACUUGGUGUAUUAGUUUAUGAAAUGGCAGCUGGUUAUCCACCAUUUUUUGCUGAUCAACCAAUACAAAUUUAUGAACGUAUUGUAUCGGGAAAAGUUCGUUUCCCGUCACACUUUAGUUCUGAUUUAAAAGAUUUACUAAGAAAUCUUUUACAAGUUGAUUUAACUAAACGUUUUGGCAAUUUAAAAAAUGGUGUUAAUGAUAUUAAAACACAUAAAUGGUUCGCAACAACUGAUUGGUUCUCUAUUUUUAAGCGUGAUAUUGAAGCACCAUUUACACCAAAAUGUUCUGGUGCUGGAGAUGCAAGUAAUUUUGAUGAUUAUGAAGAAGAACCAUUACGUAUUGCUACAACAGAGAAGUGUGCAAAAGAAUUUGGUGAAUUUUAAAUAUUAUUGGCGAAAAUAUUAAUAAUAAUAAAUGAUUAAUUAAAUUAACAAUUGAACAUUUGAUACUGACUGUAAACAAACACAACCAUUAUCAGUUGUUACUAUUACUACUACUACUACUACUACUACUACUAAUAAUAAUAAUAAUAAUAAUAAUAAUAAUAAUA